AUGGCCGAGGCACUUGCUAUAAUCGGGCUGGUAUCUAAUAUCAUAUCUUUCAUCGACUUCGGCAUCAAAUUCGCUUCUGGGGCUCGAAACGUGCGCGAUUCCGUUCACGGUACGACUGCGGAGGUUCGAGAGCUUGAACUCAUCGUGGAAGACGUUAAGAUAUAUCACGAGCGAGUCAAGAAGCAGCGAACUUCCGGUCAAAAGCUGUCCGUACACGAAGAGCACAUUUUGGGCAUGGUCCAACAAUGCCGCGACAUAGCCGAAGAGUUGCGCAAGAUUAUCGCCCGGCUACAUAUGCGCCAAGGUCGCUCGAAGACCCUCGAAAGUAGUCGCGUCCUUUUCCAAGGUCUCUGGAAACAACGCGACAUCGAGGCUCUACGAGCAAGGCUUGAUGCGCUAGAUAAGCGCAUUCGGGUGAAUGUUGAACACAUUAUCCGGAGUGAUCAUCACUCUUCGCUAUCAGCCAAACUAGACGCCGUGAAGACGGCUCAAGAUGCCUUAGCAAUCAGCUACGACGCCAAGCUGGAUCAGAUUCGAGACGAAAUACUCACCCUCGUAGCACAAACUCGCACGAGCGAAGGCGCCACGCAUGUCGCGCAAUUGACUAGCCUGAAGACGAAGUUUGAUGCACUUGGCAAAGAGCACACGGCAUGCACCAAGCAAACCGCGACUAUACGAAGCCUCUACUUCCCAGUCCUGCGCAGGCGUAGCGGCAAAUCAACUCUGAUGAAGUUUGUGACUGGAAAUCCUCGCACUUUCGAAUGCCUUGAAAGUUGGGCAGGCACGACCAAGCUCUGCACGGCGAGCUACUACUUCUGGAAUCAAGGCUACGAAAUGCAAAAGAGCCAAGGAGGACUCUUUCAGUCGUUGCUGUACCAGAUACUCAAAUCUGUACCCAGGCUCAUCGAGACAGUGUGCCCACAUCGUUUAGAGCACGAAGAGUGGGACGUGGAAGAACUAAAAGCUACUUUCGCGCGCAUAGCCACCCAGAAAGAUUUGGAAGUCAAGUUCUGCUUUUUCAUCGACGGUUUAGACGAGUACAACGGGGCUGAGGAAGACGUUGUCAGCGCCCUGAAAUUCCUCUCUACAUCAAAGGACAUCAAGAUCUGUGCCUCGACACGGCCUCGCUCAGUGUUCGAGAGGUUUUUCAACAACACAUCUCGCACGUUCGACAUUAAGAGCUUUACCAAAGAAGACAUGGGACGCCAUGUUCAGCGUCUCCUCGGGGAGAAUGAGAACUUCCAACGCCUGGCGAAUGCCGAUACCACGUGCGUAUCAAUAAUGAACGUGAUUGCAGACCUUGCGCAGGGCGUAUGGUUAUGGGUCUUCCUCAUUACUCGUGACCUUGUACACGCUGUCGAUCGAUAUGAAGGUGUGGACAUGCUGUGGAAUAUCGUCAAUCUCUUCCCAGCAGACCUAGAGGUGUACUUUGAGCGCAUGGUCAAGGCUGUUAAGCCUCAGUAUCUUGAAGAGAUGUCACAAAUCUUCUUGAUCACGGUCGAUGAGCUGCAACCGCUACCGUUAUACGCGUUUUCUCUGCUGGAACACCAACGCAAGAACCCCGCCUAUGCCACCAACCUCCCCAUACGGCCCAUUCGCGAAGACGAUUUGAGAAGUGAGUAUCCCAAGUGGAAAUCGCUCAUUCGGAACAGAUGUAGCGAUCUUCUCGUUGUCAAUGAUGAAGAACAUCCCUGCUUCCUGGGUCCUACGGUCGACUUCCUUCACCGGACCGUUGCCGAAUUCUUGAAGGACAACUACUACAACCAACUACGGGCCAAUCUGAAGACCGAGUUUAGCUCCAAAUCCACCCUGUGCAGAAUAUGCCUUGUCAUGCUUAAGUCACUACCGGAUAUUGAAGACAGUAAUCGACUGUCGAUCGACGAAGUUAUAAGCUUAACGGACGAGCUACUCUAUUACGCCUACGAAACCGAGAGAACCGACCCUAACCCUACCUCAUCCAUAGUAGAGGUUCUCGAUGAGGUGGAUCGCGUCAAUACUCACCACGCACGUGGUACAAGAAACCACUGGACGCAUGCCCGUGAUGCAGUCAACGAUAGCGGGUAUGAUAUGUAUCGUGAAGGAGGCAACUGCAACUUUCUUGCACUGGCUGUACAAGCCCGCCUCGUCAAGUACGUUCGUGCGAAGUUAGACGCCAACCCAAACAAUGCGCGAAAGUGUGGGCGACCUUUACUGGACUACGCGCUCCGUCCACGCCGAACCGAAUACAUCACCAUGGAAUACCACUCCAAGCGCGACGAUUCAAGUGUGAAUGUGGAUAGUAAGUCUUGA